CGCAUGCGCAGUGCGCUCUAUCCUCCAGACCAGUGCGGCAGGAAAGGCGCAGAGAAGACGCCGCGGAGAGAUAGAAGAGAGAGGAAAACAGUUAGAAAAGAAAAGGAGGAACAACAUGGACACGAAGAGCGCCUUCAGCUGAUCAUAGUGUCCUCUGGUGUCGGGCUGUGGCUCCUCUCCUCUGCCGCACAGCCGCUCCGUUAUGUAUAACCUGAGGAGGAGAAUAAUGUCAGGGAGCGGAGGAAAUCUUCAGAAAUCCUGCUCCUGAACUGCGCUUUAAGAAUAUUACUUAAAACUGGAGGAUGGUUCGUGUGUGAGAGAGGAGCGCCUUUUUUAUUUAUAUCCAACUCGUCGUGCUCUCCAAAAAAAAAAAAAAGGAAAGAAAAGAAAAAAAAUCAAGGCCACGCUGAAAGUUUUUUUUAUUUUUUUCUGGAGAAGGGAAAUUUUUGCUGCAUUGAAUUCCAUUGGACGGGAUGUCAUCCGCAGUCAGGAGGAAUUCUUCAGGCUGACUGCUCCUCCAGCUGCACUGUGUAUGUGAAUCCUGACAGACAGACAACACACACACACACACACAGACAGAAAAGAUGGGAGAUGCGACAGAUGACAGAGGGAUGAGACGCACCUUCAUCGUCCCUGCCAUCAAGAGCUUCGAUCACUAUGACUUUACCAGGGCCAAGAUAUCAUGCAGCCUGACGUGGCUGGUGGCCAAGGCUUUCGGCUCGGAUGCAGUACCAGAGGAACUGGCCGAGCCUUUAUACAGGGACCAGUACAACCAGGAGCACCUGAAGCCUCCGGUGGCCUGCCUGCUACAGUCUGCAGAGCUCUACUGCCGGGCGGGGAGCCUGAUCCUUCGCAGUGAUGCCGUCAAACCUUUACUGGGACACAACGCUGUCAUCCAGGCUCUGGCCCAGAAAGGCCUGUAUGUCACUGACCAGGACCGACUGGUCACUGAGAGAGAUCUGACCAGCACACCUAUACACAUGAGUUCCCAUCUGGCGCUCAUAGAUACCCUGAUGAUGGCGUACACGGUGGAGAUGGUGAGCGUGGAGAGGGUGAUGUCCUGCAUCAACAGGUACUCCUCCGCUGAACCCUCGCACAGUGACGGGCACAUCCAGGAGCUGCCUUAUGACACAGAGGAUGCAAUCAUCACCUGGAUCAACAAGGUGAAUGAACACCUGAGGGACAUCCUCAUCGAAGAGCAAAAACUGAGAGAGGCUUCCUUCCAGGAGUCGAAUGCAACAACACAAAAAUCUCCUAGCAAAUGGUACUGGAGAUUAGUACCUGCUCGCUACAGGAAGGAGCACGCUCAGCAGAGAAACGCUCCAUCACUCCCUCUGGUGGAGAACCUGCUGAAGGACAACACGGACGGCUGUGCCCUGACCACCCUGCUGCACUUCUACUGCUCACAGGCUGUCAGACUGGAAGAUAUCUGCCUGAAGGAGACUAUGUCUUUGGCCGACAGUCUGUACAACCUCCAGCUGGUGCAGGAGUUCUGCAGGAACAACCUCAACCACUGCUGCCACUUCAGCCUGGAGGACAUGCUCUACGCGCAUGCAUCCAUAAAGAGUAACUACCUGGUGUUUAUGGCUGAGCUUUUCUGGUGGUUUGAAGUGGUUAAACCUUCAUUUGUACAGCCCAGAGUCUUCAACCCAAACGCCUGCGAGCCUGUAUCAUCCUGUAGAAAUAUGGCUCCUGUGUCCAGUCCAGUCAAACAGAGCUAUGCAGACAGACCUCACAGCCCAGAGAGCAUCCCUGCAGAGGGUGUAAUGAGGAGAUCUACCUCCAUGUCCUACGUUGAUGGCUGUGUUGGCACUUGGCCCAAAGAAAAACGCUCCUCUCCUCGUGGAAUCUCCUUUGAGAUUCCUCUGGACGGAGACCCACCCAGUGAAGCUCCCUCCCUCCGCGGUAUGACCCGCUCUGCCAGCAGCGACGGUCUUGGGUUCAAAGUUCACUUUGCAUCUCGAGGGGGCAUCAAGCGCCACCUCUCCCUCUUGCCCAAUGUAAACGGUCAGAGCAGACACAUACCAGAGGAGGAUGAGGACUUUCCCUCCCACAAACCCUUGGGGAGAAACAACACAUUCUCAGUCAAGAACCAAAGCAGACCUGUCCCUAGGUACUCCAAUGGAGUCCUGUCAGACAGCAACCACAGCUCCGAUGAUCACCAUGGCGACCACAGCGGUCACAUCAGCCCAACAACUCCUCCGAGCAUCGAGGAGGCCCUGAAGAUUAUCCAUGACUCAGAAAGGCCCCACGCCAGCUUGGGUGUCGGGGACGGAGACAAUGGCUUCUUUCUGCACGGUGCUGAGCCUUCAGACCCGCCAGGGGCCCAAGGUCAAGGAGACGACCCAGGUUCGGCUAAAGCCGACCCCAAUUCUGUGUCCACCGAUGAAGUCGACACGGGCAUCCAUGUGAGGACAGAGGACAUCCAAAGCUUGGAUGAGGACUCCUCCUCUCUGAGAGACUAUUCAGAUAUAGACCCAGACUGUGAGGCUAUGACCCGGUGCUGCACUCUGUCUGACCGGUCGGAGAGGGAUAGAAGCAGGGAAGCAGGACAGAAAGGGGUCGGUGAUGCUAGCCCUGAGGGAGAGAGGGGAGAUGGAGGUGACAGGAGCAGCCCAUGUCCCAGUUCAGCACCAACACUCCCCAGAUCACACACAGCCAGCCCUGCUUCGUCCUCUGGAGGCUCUGGAGGCAUGGUCCGGAUGACGAGCUUUGCAGAGCAGAAGUUCCGGAAGCUGGAGGGACGGAGCAGCGGAGGAACCACACCAGAGAGUUCAGAUCUCAAUGUGCCAUACACACACCCGCCAAAAAAUAUUUCCUCUCAGAUCUCCACACCUCCUUUGCCAAUCACAUCCCCCUCUCCAGUAACGCCUUCUCCCAGAGACCCGUCCCACCUGAUAGCCUCAGAGAUGAUUCAGCUGAGGAUGAAGCUGGAAGAGAAACGGAGAGCCAUCGAAGCCCAGAAGAAGAAGGUGGAAGCAGCUUUCACCCGCCAUCGUCAGAAAAUGGGCAGGACAGCUUUUCUGAAUGUAGUGAGAAGAAAAGGAGUCACUGCACCCCUCAGCCCCGGCUCAGGAGGAGCAGAAACACCUUCUCCAGAGCCACUUACAUCCUCAAAGGAAACCAGCCAGGGCAGCAUGGAGCGGGCGGAGAGAUGCAAGCCAGAUGGAGCAGCUCCUAAAUCCCCCUGUGAGGAUGGUGGAGGUGUGACUCCGGGAGAAAUCGACCUUGCAGAUUACACUCGCUCCAUCGAGAGACUGAACACGUCGCUGGGUUUCCUGCAGACAGAGAUGCAGCGUUUGGCCCAGCAGCAGGAAAAGAUCAUGGCGAUGAGGGAGCAGCAGCAGCAAGCCUGGGUCAUCCCUCCUCCUGCUCCAUCUCCACACAGGCAGCUUCGGGAGUUACGUAGCAGCAGUGUAACAGGCCGGGGAUCAGGCCGAGGCUCUGUUGGGUCUUUGUCUCCCAUCCUUUCUUCUUCUGGCUCUCCCCAUGCUCCCAAUCGUUCCCCUGCUGGCAUUAAGCGGCGACCAGCUUCCUUCCAUGCGAGGACACCUCGGACUCCACGGCCAAACGAUCUGAAGGUCACACCCUUCAGUCGAAUGCUCAACACCCCCACCUCAGUGGACAGUCUACCUAGACUGAGGCGGUUCACAAGCAGCCAAUCCCAGCUCAGUCCAUUUGCCUACCUGGGUCACAAUGAGGGGCCAGAGGGAAGCAAGAACCAAGAGGACAAGGACAACAAAGAAGAGACAAUGGAGAGUGCUGGCACUACUCAGCCUUCUACCAAAGAAGCAGCCAAAAAGAAGGAAGAUAAGAGACAGGAGGACAAAAAACAGACAGAGCAGGCUCAGUCGAAGGAUGAAGUCAAACAAACAAGGUCAUCAGAGGUGUUGUGUCAACCAGUGUCUGACAUCCAAGGGCCCGCGGGAAGCCAGGUCAAGGCAGACCCCGAGGACAGGAGAGAACUUGUGGAGUUGCCUCUGUCUAGGCUGAAACCUCCUGGAGGAUCCAGUGGUCAGGAGGUGGCAGGAAAGGGAGAGGUGGACAGAGAAGCAGGAGGAGACACUCUCGGAGAUGACCAAAAAAUGUGCUGUGGAUUCUUCUUCAAGGAUGACGUGAAAGGGGAAGAGGACAUGGCAGCAAAGAAGGCAGCUCUACUGGAGAAGAGGCUGAGGAGGGAGAAGGAGACUCAGGAGAGGAAGCAGCAGCAGGAGCUGGACCAGGAGCAGAAGAAGGAAGCCGCACGGUUGAAAGCCGAAGAGGAGCAGCUGAAGAAGGACGAAGAGAAGGCAAGGAGAGAGUACAUCAGGAAUGAGUAUUUGAGGAAAAAGCAGCUCAAGCUGAUGGUAGACAUGGACGAGGUCAUCAAGCCUCGAUCUGGAAGUCUUAAGAAGAAGCCCCGGCCCAAGUCCAUCCACAGGGAUGUCAUGGAGUCAUCUACUCCCCCUGCGAGAGCAACAGGGGUACGUCCUCGAGGUUUCUCGGUAUCAAGCGUUUCUUUGGCGUCCCUCAAUCUGGCUGACAACGAUAGAGACCAGCCAAAUAACAGGAAAAACAACAGAGGCAAUAAAGUAGCUUCUGCCCACAUCCCGUUCUUUCUGAGCUCUCCCAAAGAAAGAAAGGGAAGGCCGGAUUCUGCUGAAGGUUUUUCCUCUUGUCCAUCGACUGGUAGUCGGAACGGAGAGAAGGACUGGGAAAAUGAUUCGACCACCUCAUCCACUCCCUCCAAUGCUGAGUACACAGGACCCAAACUGUACAAGGAGCCAAGUGCCAAGUCCAACAAGCACAUCAUCCAGAACGCUCUGGCUCACUGCUGUCUGGCUGGCAAGGUCAACGAAGGACAAAAGAACAAGAUACUUGAUGAAAUGGAGAAAUCCGAAGCCAACAGCUUCCUGAUUUUGUUCCGUGACGCCGGGUGCCAGUUCCGAUCCGUGUACACCUACUGCCCAGAGACAGAAGAGAUCACCAAACUGGCCGGCAUCGGGCCGAGGAGCAUCACGACCAAGAUGAUAGAGGGCCUGUACAAGUACAACUCGGACAGGAAGCAGUUCAGCCAGAUCCCAGCCAAAACCAUGUCGGCCAGCGUGGACGCCAUCACCAUCGCCAGUCAUCUGUGGCAAACCAAGAAGCAGGGGACGCCCAAAAAACUGCACCCUAAGUAGUACCAGACCGCUGGGGCACGAUUUGGACACGCUUCACAGAGGAAUUUGUGGAUUUUACUGUAUCAUUAAAAGGACUCACUGUCCCACUGUAAGAAAUCACAACUGGAAUGUAGAAACACAAAAGGGCCUCACUGACGUUGUUGUUACACUACAGAGUUGAUUAUCACGCUCUGGACUACUUCAAUGGGGCACAAGUGUGUACUUGUCAGCAUGUGUAUCAAUGUUCUCGUGUGCCAAAAAAAGAGAAGAAAAUAAGAGGCGGACCAAUGCCUUACCUAGUUGAACCACUGAAGCAGUGAAUGUCACGCCUCUGAAAGAGGCAGUUUGGUUUCUAUAAGUUGAUCAUGUGUGGCCUUAUGCUUGUUUUGUGUCAUAUGGAUGCGCUGUGAGUGUUGGUGUCAUUUUGUCAGCGCCUGUUGAAAAAGUCUGUUGUGAUACAGGAGAGUUUGUGUGUACUCACAGGUCUGGGAUCAGAUUAUGCGUCUCCCCCCAUCCCCACGUCCCAUAAGCCCAGGUUGUUAAAAGGGUGGCCUGUCUGAUCUGUGAUCAGGUAGAGGCAGCAUUUUUGAUGAGAGUUUUUGCUGCUACACAGGCAUGUGUUUUUUGGGUUGUUGUUUUUUUUUAAAACAUGUGACUGAAAUACUUAAAACAGUUCAAAUUUGUGUAUGUGUGUGUAUAGUGAAGUACCAAGAAGAGUGAGGAAAAUACCUCAAUUGGUGAUUGCAAUUACUUUCCAAAAGUGUGAAAUGAUGAGAUUAUUGAACUUGUGGAGUACCAUCAAACAAUUCUGGAAAGCACCUGCAAUAAACUCUUAAUUUAUUUCAUUUUGAUAUUGCUUUGAAGAGAUUUUAAAAGGCGUCUUAGAUUUUAUUCAGAGAAACAUAAUAUACUAAACGUAUAUAAGUUAAAUUAAUUUGUAUAUGAUGGCAGAUCCAUUCAAAAUGAACAAGUCCGCUUGUAGUAGCUUUCGAGUAGCUUUUAUAAUUUAUCAUGUACGUACGUGUAUCAGUAUGUUGUCGUUUGAGGCCUUUUAUCGUGCUACAAAUGCAAAAAGUGUGAUCACUCAACAGUAUCACUGAUAAGACUAUCAUCAGUAGUAGAAUAGAUGGAAAAAAUUCCACUCUAUGUCAUCAGUCUGUGCAAUUUAAGAGUCGUUUAAAUAAUCACCGUUGAUCAAAUACUGAAAAUGCCACUUUUAACGUGGAUGUUGUCUUAACUAUUAGAUCUUGAUUUCCCUCAGAGUAGUCCACACUUGUAAAUAAAUGAAUUCACCUCAUGAUAGCACUUCAAGACCCUGCCCACUCUGAGUCGUUUCCACUUCAGGACUGUCACGCUUGUUUUUUUCUGUUUUGUUUUUUGACAUUAUGGUUACAUUUUUCUUUUUUAUCAUGUGUUCCUUCGGUAUGUGUUGACACUGUACAGAUAUAUUUUGGCAUAUAGAAGUAUUUUUUGUAACGACAUUUACCUGUUGGAGGCGUGUACUAAUGAAGCAGUACAGUUGUUGAAGGAAGUGUGUUGAAAGUGUUCCCGACGAGACGAGGCUUAUGAAGCCUUAAUGAGGCUUUAUUGAGGUGUUGUAUGAAAUCCAUUAAGUAUACUGAGAAAAUCAUAGUAUUUUUUUUUCAACUCUGAAUUCAUUUUCUUCUCAAUUUACUAAAUAUGCUCAACAGUUCAUGGAUUUUUUGUUGUUUUUCUAUUCCUUUGAGCUUUAUUAAAAUGCCAGCUAUCAACA